AUGGCGGACCAGCAGCGAGACCAACGGGCUAGCUCCCAGGCCGUCGUCCACGAGACCCGAGAUACCGCCAGGUCGCCCGUCGACGAAGCCCGGCAGUCUGUCGACGAGGAAGAUUUGCCGGCACACCAGCGCAAGUCUGUCACCAGCAUCCCCGUAACCCCCGGCAUUCACUUGUCGACCUAUCACGCCCUCUCGAACAACCACAGCCGGGCUCAGUCAGAAAGCCCCAACUACUUCUCGCGGAAUCCUGAGCAGGCAGAUCGACGCCCAAGAAAGAUCCCUGAAGCCACAGACUCUGAAAUUCGGGCUUCUUCUCCCACUGAAGCUUCAAAGGGCACAAUGUCUGGUCAAGAGGUUUUGAGGCGCAUGAGCCUGUCCUCUAGAGGCCGGAGAGAGUCUAUCGGCGACAUCAAGGCUGCUGUGCCUGAUUUGGCUUUGACUGGAAACAUCAUCUCAGCUACUUUUACGUUGCCAUACUCGCUCAAAUACCGCACUGGUGGAGAUUGGGAAUUGGGAUCUAGACGCGGCCAAUCUGCCCUGUUUGAUUCCUUUGCCCACUUGUCUUCGGACGAAGCACCAUGGAACCACACAGUGGUGGCCUGGACUGGCGAGGUUGCAGCCCCAAGCGACCCCAUGUCUCCCCCAACUACACCUCCAGACACGAGCAAUAUUUACGGUGCCAACUCACUCUCGGCUCCUGUUCCGCUAGACGGCCACGCGCCGCCGACACCGCCGGACGGCUUGUUCAUUCCACACCAACACCAGCUGGAGUUGGAACAGAAGCUCUCCCAGCACAAGAUGAUCAAGACAGUCCCCAUUUGGCUAUCUGACGAUGAAGAGCAGAAUGAGGAGGGAAUUAGGCUCAGAGACCAGGGCCGGUGGAGGCGCUACGCCGACGAGAAUCUCUAUACCUUGUUCCACUACAAGCAACACGAGCCUACUGAUGGACGAGCAGAGCGCAUCCAAUGGGCUGACUACUACCGGAUGAAUCUCAAGUUUGCCAACAAGAUCAUAGAAAUCUGCAAGCCGGGCGACAUUGUCGUCAUUCACGACUACCAACUCAUGCUACUGCCCAGUAUGCUGCGACAACGCGCUCCAAAGAUGUACAUAUCCUUUUUUCUGCACUGUCCCUUCCCAAGCAGUGAAUUUCUCCGCUGCCUUCCGAGGCGCAAGGAGGUUCUCGAGGGUGCCCUCGGUGCCAACUUGAUUGGUUUCCAGUCGUACAGCUACUCCCGCCACUUUUCCAGCUGUUGCACCCGGAUCCUGGAUUUCCCUUCCGACUCUCUUGGCGUCAAUGCAUACGGAAGUCGCGUCGAAGUGGGAGUAUUCCCAAUCGGUAUCGACGCCGCAAAAUGCCAACAACUGGCCUGGUCGGGACCGGUAAACGAGAAAUUCGCAGCGCUGAAGAAGCUUUACGCCGGCAAGAAGCUCAUUGUUGGUCGCGAUCGCCUGGAUAGUGUCCGUGGUGUCGCCCAGAAGCUGAUGGCUUUUGAUCGGUUUCUGGAGCUCUACCCGGAGUGGAAUGAGAAGGUCGUUCUCAUUCAAGUGACCUCCCCCACGAGCAUUGGAGAUCUCGCAGAGUCGGAGAAUAAAAUCGCCAGCAGAGUAAACGAGUUGGUCAUGAAGAUCAAUGGCAACUACGGAAGUCUCGGUUUCUCGCCUGUACAGCAUUUCCCCCAGUAUCUCAGCCCGGACGAGUACUACGCGCUUCUUAGGGCUGCAGAUAUUGGUCUCAUCACAUCCGUUCGUGAUGGUAUGAAUACGACCAGUUUGGAGUACGUUGUGUGCCAGCGCGAUACCCACGGACCAUUGAUUCUGUCCGAAUUCAGUGGAACAGCCGGCAGUCUUCGGGACGCCAUUCACAUCAACCCCUGGGAUCUCUCGGACGUGGCCAAGCAAAUCAACGAUGCACUCACCAUGUCGGAGGAGAAGCGCAUGGCCAUGCAAUCGCAUUUGUACCAUCAUGUCACCACACACAAUGUUCAAGCUUGGAGCACAAAGUUCCUUCGCAAGCUUGUAGGAACAUUGGCCAGCACACAAACUGCUAUCGCAACGCCCCUGCUGGACCGCACUGUCAUGUUGCAACAAUACCGCAACGCCAAGCAGCGCUUGUUCAUGUUUGACUAUGACGGAACGCUCACGCCCAUCGUCAGGGAGCCCAGCGCGGCAAUUCCAGGCGAGCGCGUCAUUCAAACCCUCAAGGCUUUGGCGUCCGACCACCGCAACGCUGUCUGGAUCAUCUCUGGUCGUGACCAGGAAUUCCUGCAGCAGCACUUGGGACAUAUUACUGAGCUUGGCUUCAGCGCUGAGCACGGAAGCUUUAUUAGACAUCCGGGCGAGACCAACUGGGAAAACCUUGCUGAGACGUUUGACAUGUCCUGGCAAGAGGAAGUCAUUGAUAUCUUCCAAAAAUACACCGACCGCGUGUCUGGCUCAUUCAUCGAACGCAAGCGUUGCGCACUCACAUGGCACUACCGCCAGGCCGACCCGGAGCAAGGAGCCCACGCCGCGCAAGAAGCUCAGAGAGAGCUCGAGUCGACUGUGGCCAAGAAAUGGGAAGUCGAUGUCAUGCCUGGCAAGGCCAACAUUGAGGUGCGGCCCACCUUUAUCAACAAGGGUGAAAUCGUCAAACGCUUGGUCGCUAGCUACAAUUCUGAUGCCUCUCACCUGGCUGGGAAGGAUCAGCCAGCUCGUGAAGGUGGCGUCGAGUUUGCUCUUUGCAUGGGUGAUGAUUUCACCGAUGAAGACAUGUUCCGUGCUUUGAACGGCGUCAGUGGGGUUGCCCUAGAUGAGGAGCAGAUAUUCACUGUGACGGUCGGUGCGAGCACCAAGGUCACACUGGCCAAAUAUCACGUUUUGGAGCCCUCGGAUGUGAUUGAGGGGAUGGCGCUGCUCGCAAAUGUUGGAAAUAGUGGUGAGAUUGGAGACACAGUUCUGAGCCAAAACAAUCUUGCGGCCAUGGCUAGCGUGGACGGUCAUGUACCGGAAGUUUGA